AAUCGACGAAACACUGUCAGCAGCUGUCAGCGCCGUUCGUCGAUUCGCGUCGGUUCUACUUUUUUGAUGAAUCACAAUCUCGCGCUCACUGCUGGGGGAAAAAACGGUGUGUGUGCUUCAGUGUGUGCGUGCGUGGUGCGUUGCUACAUGCAGUCCCCAGCCAUACCAUUGUGUGUGUGCGCUGUUUGUUUUCAUCACAUAUCGUGUGUGUGCCAUUGAAGAUUGAGCAGCGAAUUAUUUCUCCGUCGUAGGCAACGCGCGUAGCUUUGCCCAGUAAACAGAAUAUCUGCUAGAAAAAGUUGAAUUUCAACGCAAGCAAACGAGGCAGCCAACCCUACCAAUGGUUAUGUGAGUUUUCUACCAUUUCUACUCACCAUCACGACAAGCUUUCUUAAAAGAAAGACAAAGAUAAAAUGGCUUCCGAAAUCGAUGAGCAGCUUCGGCUGGAAGAUACGCUCAAAACGCUCGAGCAGCUGCACGCCGACCCCUCGACCCGCAGCAAACUGUCAUCCCUCACCGGCAAAAACCCGUUCCGCACCGAGCUGGACAGUGGCGGCGAAACGCGCCUGAAGGAUCGCCAGCUGAUAAGGAAAAUAUUCGGCAACCGGUGCGAGUGUGGUGCGGAGCGGGCGCCCCUCGCCGCGACCACGCUGCACCACGGCAAACACAGCGCCUCGAUGCAUCUGGAGCACGGUAUCCGGAAUCAGCCCACCUUCAAGCACAAGCACCGCACCGAUCGGAAAACGAUCGUGCGCGAUUCUAUGCUGCGCAACAUCGGCCGCUGUGUGCACCAGAACCUGCGCAAGGCCAUGGCAAACGACGGCAACGCGAGCGUGGUGCAGGCCGGUGCAGCGCUGAAACCGUCCCUGUCGGAGACGAAUCUUACCAAAUGCUUCGCCAACGAGGCCAGUGACGAUUUGCUCGAUUUUAGGUUACUGAUUGCGCAGUGUAACGAGCUGUCGCCGGCGGUCUCGGGCUCUUGCUCGUACCGGCCGGUGGACGAAGAGGCACCGAACUACACGCACAACAGCUUCCGGGCACUGCGCUCAACCGAGCUGACCUGGCAGCAGCUCAGCCGGACGACAGCCAGCGCGCGGCACAACCGAAAGCGGCAGCUGAAAAAGUCCAACAGUACCUCAUCGCUUGACAGCGACGGUAGCGGCAGUGCGGAGGCACACUUCAAGGGCAGCCGUACACGGUGCGGCACGUCGCAGGGCAGCGUGACACCGCCCGAUGGUGGUGAUGGUGGGCUCGGCAUGGCGUCACUGUUACCGGCCCUACCGAGCGGUAGUGCGACGGUCCCGGGCGCUCCCAAUGGUUCACCGUUGGCCGGUGGUAGCAGCGGCAGUAGUAACGGCGCUGCACCAUCUGCUUCCUCGUCGGCUGCAGCGUCCUGUUCGCAGCAGGCCCGCCUUAACGCCAUGCCGUGUGAUGUGACGAUCGACGAGAUGGCGAGCUACUUCGAGACGCUCGUUUACAUCCCGAAAAAGAUGUCGACGAUGGCGGAGAUGAUGUACAUUUAGGGUGUGUUAGGGGGCGAGAAGAGGAGGCGAUUACCACGUGAGCACGCGCACCGAUCGCACGAUCUGGUUCCGCGCUUCGGGUGGUAGUGGUUCCGGUUCGUAAAACGGUGUCGUGUCCUGUACAUUUAUUUCACUAUUCCUUUGUUGGGUGUUGUAAGCAUUAUCGUAACCGUGUCGUUCUAUGGUGCCCGCCUGUUGUGUCUGAUGUAAGCCUGCGCAGGAACCGUUCCUGCGGGCGAACCGCGUAUCUAGGCCAUGUGAAAUUUUAUUAUUUUUUUUUUUACACUAAAUCUAUCUGUAGGCAAUUUUGUUCUGUUGCUUCCUGCAAGCACGCUCCUCAAAUGCAAAGCAGUGUGGGUGAGUUUAAAUUAGCCAACAAUACACAGCAUACUCUUCAGAACUAUGGAAAUAUCAGUUAGUUUAAUGUGGAAUGUCUAUCAUUCUGGCCUACGCACCCUGCGUACGCUGGUUUUACUAGCAUGUUCGAAUGAAUGGGAUAACGAGUAGCGGAAAAUGCAAAUAAUCUGUAGAACUGUCCCUAUGGAAAUGGGUUUGAUUUGAAGAGGCCACACUGAACAAAUCGAUAGAACAAUUCCUUUUGCCAGUGUCAAUGCUAUAGAUGGGGAGUUGUGCUAGAUAGAUAGAUGUUGCCUGCACAGAUACGCGACCUCGAAUGUGUGUGAGUGUGUUUUGUUUUCUCUACAAACAGUUCAGCCUAUUUCGAAGGGUGACGAUACGAUCAAUAUUCCCGGGUUUUUCCAUUUAAAUGUAAUCCUGAACUCUGUAAUCCUUAUUUUGUGUCGCAUGGUCACACUUUUCAUUCAUGCUGCAUUCAUUAUCGAUCGAUCGUACGGUACGUCAUUCUAGUGAAAAUGUAUUCCCAGGUGUACUCUAUCCAUGUAUAAGGUAUUGCUCUGUCCUUAGUGAUAAGCUUUUAUUCUCUUUCUCAUAUGUUAUGCCACUAAAACAGUCAUAUUUUAUGCGCAGUAGUAAAACGAACAAAAAAAACAGUCUCUCUCUUUCUCUCUAGAACCGCGCAGCACCUAGAAGAGCAUGAAGAUUAGUGUAAGCAAGGACAUUAGGAACGGGUGAGAGAAAGGGGGGAAAUGUGUAGAUCGAAUUUAUCAAUCGUUCUUCAUUUUGUAUUCAUUGUUUUACUGAAUAAAGGAAGCAUAUGAUUCCAGGUUUAAAA